CCCGUCGGCCCCUCCCCUUCCAGCUCCGACCUCCCCAAGAUGGCGGGCGGCUGGGGGCCGCUUCCGCUUCCGGUGUAAGCGGCCGGGCGGGGGGGGGGGCAAGAUGGCGGCGGCAGUACGGGUCCGCGGCCGGUGCGAUCUAUCGCCUUGCUCCGGCCCGGGCUGGCUCCUCAGCCUCUCCGCCUUGCUGAGUGUAGCGGCUCAAGGGGUCUUCGCCACCACGCACUGGGUCGUCACGGAGGACGGGAAGAUUCAGCAGCAGGUGGAUUCACCAAUGAACUUGAAGCAUCCCCAUGACUUAGUUAUAUUGAUGAGACAAGAAACAACCGUUAACUACCUCAAAGAAUUGGAGAAACAGUUAGUUGCUCAAAAAAUUCACAUAGAAGAGAAUGAGGACAGAGAUACAGGACUGGAACAGAGGCAUAAUAAAGAGGAUCCAGACUGCAUCAAAGCCAAAGUGCCCUUAGGAGACCUGGAUCUGUAUGAUGGCACCUACAUAACUUUGGAGAGCAAAGACAUCAGUCCUGAAGAUUUUAUAGAUACAGAGUCUCCUGUUCCCCCAGAUCCUGAGCAGCCUGAUUGUACUAAAAUUCUAGAACUUCCAUAUAGUAUCCAUGCUUUUCAACACUUACGAGGUGUACAAGAAAGAGUCAAUCUUUCUGCACCUUUAUUACCUAAAGAAGAUCCUAUCUUCACAUACUUAUCUAAACGAUUAGGAAGGAGCAUAGAUGACAUAGGUCACCUCAUUCAUGAAGGCCUACAGAAGAAUUCUUCCUCAUGGGUCCUGUAUAACAUGGCUUCAUUUUACUGGAGAAUAAAGAAUGAGCCAUAUCAGGUAGUGGAAUGCGCCAUGCGAGCACUCCACUUCUCUUCCAGGCACAAUAAAGACAUUGCCCUGGUCAACUUGGCAAAUGUACUACACAGAGCACACUUCUCUGCUGAUGCUGCUGUUGUGGUCCAUGCCGCUCUGGAUGACAGUGACUUCUUCACCAGCUACUAUACUUUGGGGAACAUAUAUGCAAUGCUUGGAGAGUAUAACCACUCUGUGCUUUGCUAUGACCAUGCAUUGCAGGCCAAACCUGGGUUUGAACAAGCUAUAAAGAGGAAGCAUGCUGUCCUUUGUCAACAAAAACUUGAGCAGAAACUGGAAGCUCAACAUAGAUCGCUCCAGCGAACACUGAAUGAGUUGAAAGAAUAUCAAAAGCAGCAUGACCACUACCUCAGACAGCAGGAGAUCCUUGAAAAGCAUAAACUGAUUCAGGAGGAGCAAAUCUUGAGAAAUAUCAUCCAUGAGACACAGAUGGCAAAAGAGGCACAAUUAGGAAAUCAUCAGAUCUGCCGUCUGGUCAACCAACAACAUAGUUUACAUUGCCAGUGGGACCAACCUGUGCGCUACCAUCGUGGUGAUAUCUUUGAGAAUGUAGACUAUGUUCAGUUUGGUGAAGACUCAUCAACCUCCAGUAUGAUGUCUGUAAACUUUGACGUUCAAGCAAAUCAGAGUGGUAUCAGUGAUUUGAUCCAGUCAUCUCCUGUAGCCCAUUCUGUUCUGUGGAUCUGGGGCAGGGAUUCUGAUGCAUAUAGGGACAAGCAGCAUAUUGUGUGGCCUAGAAGAACCGAUUGCGCAGAAAGCUACCCUGUAGUCCCUAUUGGUGGGGAAUUGCCAACAUAUUUUCUGCCACCAGAAAACAAAGGACUCAGGAUCCAUGAACUCAACAGUGAUGACUAUUCUUCAAAAGAAGAGGUGCAAACCCCUGACUGUUCCAUAGCUGACUUCAGAAAAAGCCACACUCUGUCCUACUUAGUCAAAGAAUUAGAGGUCCGCCUGGAUCUCAAAGCCAAGAUACCAGACGACCACGCACGAAAAGUUUUGCUUUCCCGAAUUAAUAACUAUACUGUUCCAGAAGAAGAAAUUGGGUCUUUCUUAUUCCAUGCUAUUAACAAGCCAAAUGCUCCUGUUUGGCUGAUACUCAAUGAAGCUGGACUCUACUGGCGAGCAGUAGGAAAUAGCACCUUUGCUAUUGCUUGUCUUCAGAGAGCUUUGAAUUUGGCUCCGCUUCAAUACCAAGAUAUACCUCUUGUCAACUUGGCCAACCUUUUGAUUCACUAUGGCCUUCAUCUUGAUGCCACAAAGCUGCUACUUCAAGCUUUGGCUAUCAAUAGCUCUGAGCCCCUGACCUUUUUGAGCUUGGGAAAUGCUUAUCUUGCUCUGAAGAAUAUUAGUGGGGCACUUGAGGCCUUUAGACAGGCUUUGAAAUUAACAACCAGAUGCCCAGAAUGUGAAAGCAACCUGAAACUGAUCCGCUGUAUGCAGUUCUAUCCUUUUCUGUAUAACAUCACCUCUUCUGUUUGCAGUGGUCAUUGUCAUGUGAAAGCCCUGGAAAACAGCCAUGCCAAACAGAAAUAUUUUGACAACUCACUGUCACUGGAAGCUGCUGAAGAAGAACCACCUGAGUUAAGAACAGAGGAGAACCCUGUACUCGCUGUUGAGAAUUCAGGGAGGGACUCAGAUGCCCUUAGACUUGAAAGUACAGUGGUCGAGGAAAGCAAUGGUUCUGGUGAGAUGGAGAAUUCAGAUGAAACAAAAAUGUCGGAAGAGAUACUGGCUUUGGUGGAUGAAUUUCAGCAAGCUUGGCCUCUGGAAGGCUUAGGGGGACCAUUAGAGAUGAAAGGGCGGCGUCUGGACUUGCAGGGCAUCCGGGUACUGAAGAAAGGGCCUCAGGAUGGCAUGGCAAAAAGUUCCUGCUAUGGAGACUGCAGAAGUGAGGAUGAUGAAGCAACAGAAUGGAUUACAUUCCAGGUCAAACGUGUCAAGAAACCCAAAGGAGAACCUAAGAAAGCUCUUGUGAAAAAGAUAGAAUCAAAUCAAGCUGAAAAUGUACAACGCUCCCAAGCAAACCUAGAGAUCACUGGCCCAAAGGUGGCGUCUCCUGGUCCGCAAGGGAAAAAGCAUGACUAUCAGAGUCUGGGAUGGCCCAGUCCAGAUGAAUGUGUCAAGCUCCGCUGGGUGGAGUUGACUGCCAUCGUCAGUACCUGGCUUGCAGUUUCUUCAAAAAACAUUGACAUCACAGAACACAUAGACUUUGCCACUCCGAUACAACAACCAGCAAUGGAGCCUCUUUGCAAUGGCAAUCUCCCCACAAGUAUGCACACCCUGGACCACUUGCAUGGGGUGUCCAACAGAGCCAGCCUACACUACACGGGUGAGAGUCAGUUAACAGAGGUAUUACAGAAUCUUGGCAAAGACCAAUAUCCACAGCAGUCACUUGAACAGAUUGGCACCCGAAUUGCUAAAGUUUUGGAAAAGCUACCGCCAGAGGAGCAACAGCAAGACUGACAGCUUCUCAACAGAAAUGAUGGAAACCAGAAGCCAACUUAAUGACCUCUGUAAAGCUAGAAGAAUAAGUCAUCAAUUCUAGAAUUCUGUCAGAAAAGUCCUAGCAGCAAUUCUAUCCAAAAUAGCCUCACAUAAAUUAGGAUUAGGGCCAAGAUGGCUCAAGAGAAAAGAUUGGAACUUUUCUUCUCUUUGCAUCAACAACAAAGCCACAACAGUACAAGGAAAACUCCACAUAGGAACAGACUUUCCAUAGCAAGAGAUUGCAGGUCAGUGUCCAGGCAACAGAUCACAGACUAACACCUUACCCUUUCACGUGACAACAACUGGAAGAGAUCUAUAAGAUAAUGGGACUCUAAUCUGGCACAUAGAGUACAAGAUGUACAAAAAUCCCAUCACUUCAAUCCUAAUCCUACAGCUUCUGCAGCAGUGCAGACUGGGAUGUUAAAAACUCUAAAGAGGGGCAAGAAGAAGUUAUGCUGGCAGACUUCCAAACCACCAUGUUUUUGGAUCUCUGGUAGAUACCAUUUUGGAACUCGGUUUCUAUAGUAAUAGAUCCUAGGGAUGGACUUGGAGCAGAGUACUCUUUUGCCAGGUCAUAGCCUGCGAGAUUCUUUUCCCCACCAGUUCCAGAGUGUGCACAGAACUGUCACUACCUAGACUGAGGCCCCAGCCACAUAACAGAACUGAACCCCCACCCACAGCAAUCUGGGGAGGCCUCUAAGUACUAGCAACCUUAAACUCAUAGUCACUACUGCUUUUCAAACACCUCUGUCUAAGUUCUCAUCAAACAUCAAACAUAAUGAGGAGUUUGAGGGAAUUAUCCAUAGUGUUGGGCCCAGAGAGCAGUUGGGAUAAAAAGCUAAAUCCCAAUAGAGCUAUGUAAAUUUUCUAAAGAAGAUAACAGAACUAUGGUCCUAAAGAUGUUCCAUGAAAUAAAAAAAAAAAUUAUGUAAGGAAAACUUCAACAGAAUCAGAGGAAGUUAAGAGUGAAGCCAUAGCAAAAAUCAGAGAAAAGAAUAAAGUAGCUGAAAUAAUAAUAAUAACACUGCAGAAAGACAGAAGCCAAAGAUCCAAGCAGUAAGCUAGAGGAUAGGACAGAGGUAGCAAUUGAAGAAGAAGAAAGAAGGCAAGUUGUGGCACAACUUGUAUAGCAUACGCAUGUGCAAGGACCCAGGUUCAGGUACCUGGUCCCUACCUGCAGGGGACGAAGUGGUGGAGCAGUGCUGCAGGUGCCUCUUCUCUCUUUCUCUCCUUCUCUCCUUCUCUCUUCCACUAUCAAGGAAGGAAGGAAAUGACCUUUGGAAAAUGAUGGUGGACCUGUGCAAGCAUUCAAGCCCCCAGUGUUGGUGGCCAAAAAAAAAAGAAGAGGAAGAGGAAGAAGAACUAAAACAAAAUAAGAGAAUUACUGAGCCACAUCAGAAAGAACAACACUCACACCAUAGGGUGCCAUAAGGGAAGGAAGGUAUGGAGGGAAUUCUUAUUUGAAGAAAUACUAAGAAUUUCCCCCCAAAUGAAGAAGGAAAUACAUCUAAGAAGCUCUAAAGGAUCCAAACAAAACACACCCAAACCAGGAUGCAAAGUAACUAAAAUAACAAAGAUUAAAUAUAAAGAGAAUUUUAGAAGAAGCAAGAGAAAAAC